AUGGAAGUGGUGCAUUCAUUAUCUGUGGAAAAAAUUGUGUUUGGUCCAAGGGAGCAGUACUGUUUGCGGUAUGAAACCAAGUACUUGCUGGAGCUCGGGAAAGCAAUGGAUUACCUGGUCUCCUUUGCAGUCUCAAUGGCUGCUCAAGAAGCCCUCAAGUACACCAUUUUGGCAGGAUUGAUCAGUGCUAUUGCGUGGCCCGCGUCUCUCCUGACCCUGGCAUCGGUUAUCGAUAACCCGUGGGGCGUGUGCUGUCGGCGGUCGGCGCAAGUGGGGCGCCAGCUGGCUGAAGUACUCCUGCUGCGAGAGCACGGACCCCGACCCAUCACUUUGAUCGGGUUCUCUUUAGGUGCCCGGGUUAUCUUUCACUGCCUUCAGGAGUUGGCAAAGAGCAAGAAUUGCGAAGGGAUCGUCCAGGACGCGAUUAUUUUUGGGGCCCCGGUUUCUGGGCACAUGAAGGAUUGGGCGCCAUUGCAGAGGGUCGUCUCUGGCAGGAUCAUCAACGGAUACUGCAGUGGAGAUUGGCUGCUCAAAUUUUUGUAUCGCACUUCGUCGGUCAAGUUUCGAAUAGCAGGUCUGGGUCCGAUUUGCUGGAAGAAUAGAAGAGUUUUCAACUUCGAUCUCUCGAGUAUUGUUGGUGGACAUUUGGAUUAUGCGGAGAAGAUGGACGUGAUUUUGAAACAUGUGGGGGUUCGGACGAAAGAUGAAUACAAGAGGAUUGUUGGCAUCCCGAAAUCGAAAAAUUUUCUUUCGUUCUCAAGUCUGAUCGGUGCUGAUCAUUCGAAGGAAUUUUCGGCCUGGGAAGGAAACAAACAGCCGUGUUUGGGUCUUCGUCGAACAGCGUCGGAUUCGUGCAUUUAUGCCCUGAUGCGAGGUCAGGCUUCCUUGAUGCAGGGCGGCCGAAACGGACCCGGUACAACACCUGUUUCAGGAUGGGUCGGGUGGCAGAGCCCCAACAUUUCGAGCAGCCUCGUCUCUUCGCUUUCGGAAAUGAACAUCAGCAGGGAAUCCCUGAGCAGCUGCGCGUCCUUCAGUCAAACUAAGCGGUUUUGCAGAUUGGAGUCGCAGCAGAGAUCAUUCGAUUUGCAACAAGAGAAGCAGCCUGCUCGAGGGACUCUUUCUUUGAGCAGUCGCGGGAAUUCUACAGUUGGCUCACCUCUUUCCACGAGUCCGUGCUCUCCUGCGAGAAGCUGGAGCAGGACCAGCAUGACAUCGUCUCCAGCGAAGCCCCGAGGAGCCAUGUCUUCGGUUCCACCGCCCCGAUCGCAUUUCCCCGUC